AUGGCUGCUAAGUUUAGAAUUAAAACUGCAUCAUCAUUCUUCCUAGUUCUUUGUUUAACAGUGAUCCUGUUUUUCAGUUUAUCAUGCUUUUCGGCUGAUCCCGACCCUCUCCAAGAUUUUUGCGUUGCUGACUUAAACUCCACAAUAAAAAUGAAUGGGUACCCUUGCAAGCCGGAGUCUGAAGUCACAUCAAAGGAUUUCUUCUUUAGCGGCUUGAUGAAAGGAGAAAGCACAGCGAAUCCCUUUGGGAUUGGAUUGAAACUUGGUGAUGUGACCGCCUUCCCUGCCAUGAACACCCAAGGACUUACAGUGAGCCGAAUUGACAUCAUUCCUGGUGGAAUCAUUCCGCUUCAUGUACACCCUCGAGCAAGUGAAGCUAAUUUUAUUAUAAAAGGGAUAGUCUAUUUUGGGUUCAUAAGUACUACUGAUGUUUUGUACGCGAAAGUUAUGAAAGCCAAAGAGUUGUUUAUUGUUCCUAGAGGACUUGUGCACUUUGCAGAGAACGUUGGACGCGGGAACGCUAUUGUCUUAGCUAUUUUGAAUAGUCAACAACCAGGAUUUUCAACACUUCCUCUUAACCUCUUUGCUUCUAUCCCAACAAUUCCUAAUGAUAUUUUAGCUAAGAACUUCCUAGUUGAUGAGAAGUGUGUUCAUUUUGAGUCUGGUUACAUAGUUUGCCGAAUGUUUGAGUAA